AUGAAAACAACAAAGAUCAAGUUUCAGAUCUGGCUCGGAUUUGGAUGUGAAGAUGAAGGAUUUACCUCGUUUAGGGUUUCAGUUGUCAUAUUUUCCAGAUCUAUGAAGUUUCCCGUUUUGGGGUUUUCAGAUUGGAUUCACUAUGGUUUCUCUGUGGAGCAGAGAACGACCGCGGGUUUGAAGAUUCGCCAGACCGAUUUGGUUUGGGAUCUUAUUACGAAGAUACGAGUUCGUGACAGGGUGUUAGUGUAUCGUAUAUUGAAGGAUUUAGUAGAAUAUUCAAAGGAUCUACAGAAUCCACGAUUUGAGAUUUGGUUGAGGAAUGAACGCGUGAGCGAAUCAGGGCAAGAUUUUAAGGAGAUAGUGGAGCGUACUCGGAGGGGCUUGGGUGAUACUACAAAUAAGAUCCUACGAGAUACGGAGCUUAAGUUGGAAAAGGUUUGGAUCCUGGUAGGGAUUCAAACAGUGGAGGAGAAGAAGAGAAAUCUAGGAUAUCAUGAUGGAGGUACUGAUGGAAUGAGAAACAACCCAUCACACGGUGAACAAGGUCUUAGCUACAAAGGGGCUGUUGAAUCUCAAGCAAGGAAUCCAAAUAUGGAAAGUAGACAAGGAAAUCAUCACCAACAAGCUCCAAAUGGGAGAGACCUUAAGGGAAAAGGUGUGGCUCGUGAGAAUCCAGGUCCUUAUAGGCAUAAUGGUCCAUCAAAUUUUCAUGGCGGAAGGAAUUAUCGGCACCAGGGAGAGGGUUCUAGCAGAAACGUAAGGCAAUCAGGUCAGGCUGGAGAGUUUCUUGAAAGGAGAGAACAUGGAUCAGAGGCAGAAGAUGGUAUGGAGGUAGUGGAAUCUGCGGCUGGGGCAAGUGCUGAAAUGGUGGAGCUGAAUAAGACUGAAGGAAGGAUGGAGAAGAUGAAAGUGGGGGAUCAGCAACCUCUAAAUUCAGAGGAUUUGAUGGAAGAGGCUAAUGGAAUGGAUGAGGAUGACCUCAUUGAAGAGACGAAUUUAAUGCACAAUGGAAAAGAGAAUCCAGCACCGAAGAGGAGAACAAUUAAACCAGGAAGUUUAACACUUGUAGGAAACACUAAGAAGAGGUUUGUUCAGAGUGUUAUCUCACCACGCAAGAAGAUCAUGUCAAAGCAGGCAGCCAAAGCGGGUGAGAAGGGGUCUUUCAUCCCCAAGAAGGCCAAUCCCUUGGCAAAGACAGACCACGAGUAA